UGACGAUCAACAGUCUGAACAGAAUACAGAUUUGGACCUUGAAGAUAUAUCUAUAUGUAGUGAAAAUGAAUUUAAUAUCAAUGUUGAUUGUAGUUCAGAUAAUAAAAGUGAAUCAAUCUCAACUAACAUAGACAACUUACCAAAGAUAUUUGAUGGAACAAAAUUCAGAAAUUACGAAUGCUUAUUUGAGCCUUUUAAUAAUUUUACAAACCUUGCAAUGUUUAUAUGGGCCACCAAGUACAUGACUUUACAAAUUUUACGUUAUCCUAAAUUUGAUAUAAAUCAUUUACCCACUAAUUUGCAAAGUCUUAAAAAGCAGUGCAAGCAGUUACCAUUAAUGAAAAUUCACAGUUAUAUGGUCCCAAUAAAUAUUAAAAGUACCCCUUCAACCAUUAAAGAUUCUACACGAGUCUACUACUUUUCUUUAAUAGAGCACCUUCAACAAAUAUUAAAAAAUUCAUCCCUUAGCUCCCAAUUAUAUUUUGGGCCUGGCAUCUUUUCAAAAUCAUGUGAAGAACUAUGGGAGGGCGAUCUCUGGGCCGAAUCUCCUCUUUUUGGCCAACCAAAUUUAUCAACAGCACAAGAUAUAUAUAUUUUUUACCUUUAUUUAAGACAAACUUUACAAUAUUUGAGCUCAAAACGACAUGUUUUACACUUACCACAAGAACUAUAUUUGGUUGAGAAAUCUAAUUCUUUCCUUAUUGAACCCUCGUCAUUAAUUUGCCAUCUUAGUAUUUGGUUAAAAGAUCAGCCCACUCUAUCUAUAAUUGAUUUCUUUGUAAAUCAAAUACUUUAUAAUUAUAAUGGUCGAUAG